GAGAGAGAGAGAGAGAGAGAGAGAGAGAGAGAGAGAAAGAGAGAGAGAGAGAGAGACGGAGAGACAGAGAAAAUACUAAAAUCCACGAUCAUCAGCCACUAUUGUGAACACUGGUCUUCUUCACGCACAGAUUGGAACAUCCUCGCCUGCUUUCUACCAUGUCUGUUUUCAGUCAGAAGUCUAAGCCUGUCAGAUGGAGUAAGGAGAUGAGUGCCAGUCAGAACAUAGCUGACAGCAGCAGGAAGAAGACCAGUCUGCUGAAAGACAACAGCUGGAUCAGACGCAGCGUGGAGGAGGAGGAGGAGCUAGUGGACCUGCAGUCUGAGGUGGGCCAGCCCAAUCCUGCCAGCCCUAGCACCCCAGUCAACCAUCUGACCAAGAGCCCUCCACUUCCUCCAAAGACCAAGACUGUGUCCUUCAUUUUAAGCACCACCUCAAAGAGCAUGAAAGACUCCAAGACAGCCAUGAGUCCUGGGAGCACCUCCCCAAAGUCUCUAAACUCCCCCACAAGCUCAACGCUGAAGAGCCCAUCCAUGUCCCUCUUUACUGCAAGGGUCUUUUCCUCCCCCAAAAAACUAUUCUACUCCCCACUGAGCCCUCCAGAAGUACUCCCCCACGCCAUUACCCAUAUCACUGAUGAAGAGCCCCCGGCAGUCCCAACAACUCCACCACCACCACCUCCAACAACUCCACCACCACCAACAACUCCACCACCACCUCCAACAACUCCACCACCACCACCACCUCCAACAACUCUACCACCCCCACCAACAACUCCAACAACAACUCUACCACCACCACCACCUUCAACAACUCCACCACCACCACCACCACCAACAACUCUACCACCACCACCUCCAACAACUCCACCACCACCACCACCACCAACAGCUCUACCACCACCACCUCCAACAACUCUACCACCACCACCUCCAACAACUCUACCACCACCACCACCUCCAACAACACCACCACCACCACCACCACCUCCAAUGACCGAGUCACCAAUGCCCCAAGCUUCAAUCAGUGAGAUCAGUUUAGAGACCAGACUCCCUGACCCUCCCUCCCUGACUCCAACCCAAACUCUCCUCUCCAUACCCAACAGGUCAGUCCUGACUCCAACCCAGACUCUCCUCUCCAUACCCAACAGGUCAGUCCUGACUCCAACCCAGACUCUCCUCUCCAUACCCAACAGACUCUCCUCUCCAUACCCAACAGGUCAGUCCUGA